GAACAUGGAGCAUGACUUCGGGUCUUCCCUAAACGACCCAAAAUCACACACUCAAAAUCAUACGACACCUGGGUUCUACAACCCGAAUCCCCUUUCCUACAUCAUCCAUAAUUCUCCAUCGAACAAAACACCCUAGAAAUGCUAGCACUUCGCAAACUCUCAACCUUAAAAUCGUCACGUUUUCUCUCUUCUCUCGCAUCUAUCCCAGGCAUUCCCAGUUGCACUUACUACGACACGCGCAUCAACCAAGCUGGCCGUGAAGGAAAUUUCGAAACUGUCGGUCACCUUCUCAACAAGCGCGUGCUCGAUGGUUUCUUCAACACAAACAACACCUUCAAAUUCAUUACCACAACUAACCUCUCUAUACUUAACAAUCUAUUAGAUACAAUAUCUCAAUUAGAAAAUAAUUUCGCUAGAAAAUGCUCUUACGAUUGUCUAAUCGCGCGUCUAUCGAAAAUGCACUGUAUUAAGGAAGCCACGCGCGUUGCUGAAGUAAUGGUGAGUGAAGGACACGCGGCAGCAAACAAUGCCACGUUUCAUCCUAUAAUUAACGCGCUAACGAAGAAAGAGGAAUUCGAUGAAGCGUGGCGCGUGUUGGAUGUGAUGAAAUCCGACGGAAUUAGUCCCGAUUUGACCGCGUAUAAUUAUCUGUUGACGGGUUAUUGUUUCAUCGGGAAUUUGACAUCUGCUGCUCGUGUUGUGGAAAAGAUUGAUGAGGAAGAGUUAGGGGCGGAUACGAGGACGUAUGAUGCACUUGUAUUAGGCGCGUGUAGAGCGGGGAAAUUGGAUGCGGCGUUGGCAUUGUUGAGGAGGAUGGUGGAUGAUGGAGUUUCGCCUUUGUAUUGCACGCACACGCAUAUUAUCAACGCGUUUUUGAAGUAUAAUUAUUAUGAACUGGCGGUUGAGUUUGUUAGGUGUAAUGCAGGGAGAGACUUGAAAUUGGAUGCGGAAAAUUUUGGUGUAUUGGCGACCAAAUUGAUUACUCGAAGUAGAUUCGAGGAAGCUAAGGAACUUGUGAAAGAGAUGAGUGAAAGGAGAUUGACAAUGGGUCCGAGAUUGAAGGAUUUCUAUGAAUUGAAUGUUAGGUCGUGAUGGAUUGAGAUAAUUAUUAUGUAUGAAUGCAGCAUUUUUGAAAUGUAAAGACUUGGUUUUGUUGCAUUUGUUAGUUAAAAAGGAAAUUCAUCAAGUAGUCGUUUGAUGAUGCAUACGGAUUAUGAAUGUAAUUUGAUCCAAAGUAAGGGAAUGUCAUUUUGAUACAAA